AUGUGUUCCAUCAAUUGUGAAUUAGAGUUAACUAAGCAGGACGAAUGGGUAGAUUCUAAAAUUUUGCGUACUAAAAAUAUUCCCAUAAAAGGCUUCAAAAUUUCAGCAUAUAUCAAUUACCGGUCUACUCAUAUGAAUGUAAAAAUAAGUAAAAGUGACCGCGGAGUUGUAGCUGCCAUUGCUGAAAUGACGAUCUCCGAUAUGCCGUCUAUACUUCGUGACAUCACGGGAUGGAGAGACACGUAUCAUUUCAAUGAGCUUCCACUAGCUAUUCAUUUGGAUAAAUGUCCAAAAAAAGAUACGCACUGUGAUCCAUCUAGCUUAAGUGAGCAUAAGUAUAGUAUUAAAAUUAACUGCUCAAUAACGUGGUUUGGCUUUAUUUCUGACGAUAAUCCUAAUCCAAGUACUCUCUUCAAAGACCGCCUGAGAAAAUUCUGGCUUAAGGAAACCUGGGAUAUAAUUUUAAAAGUCGGUGAAUAUAAAAUUCAUGCAUAUAAAAUGAUGUUAGUGGAAGAAAGUAAAGUUUAUCUGAUGAAAUCGAUGUUAUUAAAGAAAUGUUACUAUUCUUAUAUUCUAGAAAACUUUUUAAAGCAUCUACAAAUGAAGAAUUAG